GGGAAUACUAAAUUUCAUGUGAAAGUACGAUUCAUCCGGACUCAGCUCUUAUCUUUCUAUUGAGUGCUAAUAGAAAUUUCAACAUAACAUCCCUUAGUGUAUGCUAAUAAUGAAUAGUCGAUACAAAGUUUCAGAUAUGGAUGUAGCACUAAUCAUCAACCUCUUCAUUUCUGCCACGCUCAUAUCGCUGUCCAGAUCUGAGCCAAUUUGCAUCGUCGAUACCAGCGACACUUCAAAUCUAGUUUGCAAAGAUGUUUCAACAGACUUUCCGGAUAAUAUGUACUACGGCAACAAAAACCUACAGUGUUACAAAUGCCACAUAAAGGUCUUUUCGUCGUCAACAUUUAAACACGACAAUGUCCUGUUAUCCAUAAAUAUAUCGCACAGCGGGUUACAAGCUAUACAACCAUCUGCUUUCAAGCAUUUGGGAAACCUCCAGAACAUCUAUUUUCAAAAUAACAUGAUUACCAACGUAUCAGUGGGGGCUUUUGAAGGGUUAAGACAAGUGUAUGAAAUAAAUCUGAAGAAUAACUUAAUUGCUGAUUUAACCCCAGGUUUUGUGCGCGAUCUUGAAGUGACCUAUUUAUCUUUGGCCAAUAAUAAACUAACGGAAAUUCCAAAUUAUGCUUUCAAAGAUGUUGUGGUUAUCACCAAUUUGAUUCUUUCUCAAAACAAAAUAAAAAAGAUUAACUAUGAUUCGUUUUCGGGUUUAAAUUUCUUAGAAUACCUAGAACUGGACAAUAACAAUUUGUGUUACAUCCCUAUAGGUGCAUUUAAGAACCUCAAAGACCUAAGCUAUCUUAAUUUAGCAAACAACAAGCUCAGCAGAUUUUCCCUGGGCACCUUUUCUGGUUUAACUAGUCUUACAGCUUUAAUUUUAGCAAAUAACUCCAUCAAGAACUUCGAAGGUAAUGAGUUGCUGCCUAUGCAGAGCCUACUGAGGUUGGAUAUUAAAGGAAAUAGCAUUUACUACCUAGACGCCCACCUUAUUUUCUCCGCAGCUCCUACGAUAAAAGUCAUAAGUAUAGAAGAUAAUUUCUACAGCUGUAGCUCCUUGGCGAACAUUAUCCGAUAUUUUAAAGAGAAGAAAGUGAAAAUCGAGACCCAUACUGGUUUCUACGAUAUUCAAAACAUCAAUGGUGUUGCAUGUAUUGACGGUAUUGUUGAGGAAGUGACCGACAAAGCGAACUUUCUAAGAAGGGCUUCCGAUGAAGCACAAACGUCUGUUAUUUAUUGUGUUUAGAUAUAAAUAUUUAUUUAAAUUAUAAAUAUUAUUAGUUUUGUUCACGAAUAGGAUUUUAAACGAUUUACCUGUCACCUGUCAAAUCCCCACUUCUCGUUGGUACGUUCUAUAUCAGUGAAAGAUGAGGUCUAUUGGGUGUAUAUUUCUUUGUCUGUUUUUUUUUCUCAAUUGAAGUUGGUAUCCAUCGUUUGAAGUUCUUCUCUAUCUUGGGCUAAUAUAAUUAAUGUCGACGAAUCUCUUAUGUGGAUUCAUUGUUCGUGUUACUUCUACGUUAACUAUUUCUUCAACCUAGUAAUAUUUUUUGAAAAAUAUAGAUAGCGUCAUUUAAAAUAAGUUAAACUAACAGUUGUUUCAUUGAACCGAUUUUCAAAGUCUAAUGUUUCAUUCGAACGAAAAAAGUCUAAAUCAAAUAUAGAUAUCGGAUUUUUGUGUUUCUAGCCAUUUCAUUCUAGCUCUAAUUUGUUCAAACGGAAUCCGGCCUAUUCUUUCUCAACUUUUUAGUAGAUCUUAUAGAUUAUUAUUAAAUAUUACUGUCUAAGGAUUAUUGAAAAAUUCUAAAUAAAGAAUAAAGAGACACGAAAACAGUACACAAUCUUCCCUAAUUCCUGCUAAUAAUUUAGGUUGUUUCAUCGCCAAUGUUCCAAUACAAGAUUUUAGUUAUGGUGAUGAUACUCUGUGAUGUCUUGGUAACUGUGGGAUCAAGAGUUAUUAAGACUGGAAUAUUCUCAUUAUUGAUCUUCCGUUGUCAUGUGCUUGAUUGAUAAUUUUUUCUACCUUGUCUUUAUUUUGCUUAUUGUUAAUUAUUUAGUCAUUAUGUCUACGUAGCGUUCAUUUUCAAAAUACUUUUGAUCGACCUUAACAAAAUGUUCACACAGUUUCUUCUGGUUACCUACACUUACUGUGGCAAAUUCCUCUUUCACUGUAAAAUAACUAGAAAUUAAUAUUGUUUUUCAAUUACAUAUUUUAUUUGCACUCAAACCAGUUCUGUAGAGUUCAGGUCAGGAUAUUAUGGGGGAAGAUAAAGAAAGAUGGUACACCAGAUCAGCGCUAGAGAUAUGUUAUAUCUGAACGGUGGGAUAAAUCGUUGGAAAAACCUAUUCCUGUGUACUUAUCUAAUAAAUUUAAGACGAAAUGGGACAAUUUGUACAAUAUUUUUGUAUUUCUUUAGAAAACAGAGAUUCUGUAAAAAGACUGUAGUUAAGGUAUAUGAUAUUUAUACUUUAUUAUAGAUUUGCCUAAACGUGUAUGAUAUUUGUUUUAUGAAUAUUACUCGUCAUUAAAGUCACAUAGUAAAUA